GUUGAUGACAUGCUUGCUAAUAACAACAAUCAUUUUAAUAUCAAUAUUUUAAUGUUUAAUUUUUAUUAUUAUAAUUAUACAAAUAAAUUUUAAUUAUGGGAAAUCAACUUGUGGGCAUAGCCCCAUCCCAAAUUUUCCCUGUGGAACGAUAUUUGACAGAUAUCCCGAACUUAAAAUUUGAUACAAGUUUGGGAAGCACCAGAUUUCUAAAAGUAGCGCGGGCGGAAUCUCAAGAAGGUUUAAUUGUAGUUAAAGUUUUUGUAAUUCAUGAUCCAUCUUUACCCCUUUCCCCAUAUAAAGAUCACCUUGAAGAUGUAAGGAAGAAAUUAAGUUCAGCUGUUAACUGUAUACCUUACCAGAAAAUUAUUUUAACCGAGAAGGCAGGAAUCAUUAUGAGAGAAUAUAUUAAGUAUAGUUUGUAUGAUAGAAUUAGUACAAGGCCAUUUUUAACAAAUAUUGAAAAACGUUGGAUAACUUUUCAGAUAUUGUAUGCCUUGCAUCAAUGUCAUAAAGUAGGAGUUUGUCAUGGAGAUAUUAAACUUGAAAAUAUUACAGUCACAUCCUGGAACUGGGUACUGUUGGUUGAUUUCGCUUCCUUCAAGCCUACAUUUGUUCCAGUUGAUAAUCCAGCAGAUUAUUCUUAUUUCUUUGACACCUCACGAAGAAGAGUUUGCUAUUUAGCUCCUGAAAGAUUCUCCAGCACAAGUACCACAAUUACAGAGAGCAGCUCAUUGAUUGCUGAAGCAAACUGUGACUCUGGAGAUUUAACUCCUGCUAUGGAUAUUUUCUCUGCAGGAUGUGCUUUGUUGGAACUGUGGAAUGAACUUCAUGUUCCAUUUGAGUACUCCCAACUGUUAGCCUAUUGCUCUGGGAAGUAUUCUCCAGAAAAACACCUCAACAAACUAGAUGAUCCAAACUUGAGAUCCCUCAUAUCAAGUAUGAUAGAAAAAGAUCCAACAAAAAGGAAAAGGGCAGAUGACUACUUGGCAGAAUACCGUGGUACUUUGUUCCCAGAAUACUUCUUCUCAUUUUUACAAUCUUACAUGCUUAUAUUUUCUUCAAAUCCCAUAUUAUCUGCUGAUGAUAAAAUAAUGCGCCUGAAGCAUGAUAUCAAUGAUAUUUUUACAUUUCUGGGACCUAUGACUAAAUCUAAGGAUAAUGAGAGUGAAAAAUCUGAUGGGGAAAAAGUGGAUAAAGGCGAAUGUGAAGGUUUAGUGAUUAUUACGUCUUUGGUAACUUCUUGUAUUAGAGGACUUCACACAUGUUCAUCCAAACUUUAUAGCUUGGAAAUUUUGCUGGAUCUGGCUUCUCAUGCUAGUGAUGAAACUGUGUUAGAUAGAAUACUUCCUUAUAUAAUGUACUUGGCGCAUGAUAGCUCCACGCGAGUAAAAAUUUCAGCCAUAAACACGAUUACCAAAUGCUUGGACUUAGUAACGAAGAUAUCCCGAUCUGACGCCAACAUAUUUCCAGAAUACAUUCUUCCAGAGCUUGCUCCCUUAGCUACCGACCCAAAUACUUGUGUUAGAGCUGCUUAUGCUAAAAAUAUUGCUACUCUAGCUGAAAUAUCACUAAGAUACUUGGAACAAAUACAAAAUGAUUGGUACGACAACAACAGUACCAACAAACAAAAAGAUGAACAUACUUUCAAUUACGAAUUGGAGUUACAAGCAUUACAUGAAAUGAUCUCACAGACCGUCAGUGCUCUCUUAACAGAUACACAGUCUAUUGUAAAGCAAACAUUAAUGGACAGCGGCAUCACCAAAUUGUGUGUAUUCUUCGGGAAAACUAAAGCUAAUGAUGUGCUUUUUUCGCAUAUGAUAACAUUUUUAAACGACAAGGAGGAUAAAGAAUUAAGAGGUACAUUUUUCGAAUGUAUUGUCGGUGUGGCUGCCUAUAUAGGAUGGCAUUGUUCGGGAAUUCUCGCUCCACUUUUACUUCAGGGCUUGACUGAUUCCUCCGAAUUUGUAACAGCAAAAAGCAUAAAUGCAAUGUCGUCUUUAACAGAACUAGGUCUCAUUACCAAGCCGUCUCUUUGUGAGUUAGUGACGGAAUGCUCGUAUUUUUUGGUACACCCGAGUUUGUGGGUGAGACAAGCUGUGGCAGGUUUUAUAUCUACAGCUGCUAAAAGUUUGACCAUAUUGGACGUACAAUGCAAAAUGAUGCCGAAGUUGAAGAUUUAUAUGAAGUAUCCUCUGAUUCAAAUUGAUAAGCCGGAAUUACUUUUGGAAUCUCUCGUUAGUCCUAUACCAAGAAAUGUUUACGAUAGUGUGGUUAGUUACAAUGAAAUAGACUCAAUCUUUGAUUUAUUAAAGGAAAGACGAUCUUUGAGAGAAUGUGUCAAUACGGGUAAAGUUCCGACUACAGAUUUUCAUAGGGAUUAUCAACCGAGUUUAAAAAAUUUAUUCAGAAGAUUGGAAGCUAACGGAUUGAACGAAACGAUGGAGGAGUAUUUCUUGAAAAUGUCACAUCACUUGAAAAAGAUAAACAAAUAUAAGUUACACCUUGACGGGCGGCAAAAUAGACCUGCUGAAGGAAGACUUGAAACUAGCUCGAUUAACAGUUCAGUUAAGAGUCAUAUUUAUACUUUGGGAGAUGCACAAAAAGGCGAUUACAUGGCCAACAGACUACACAGAACUAACACCUCAGGAUCGAUAGACACUAACAUUAACUCAGACUGGAAUUAUAGCUCAGAAGUAUUGACAAGACAAUCGGAGAGUACGAAUUCCGGUGGACCUCCUUCUAGGUCCACUUCCAGCAGACCUUCUUCUCCACCGCCAGAUAGCAACAAUCAUUUUAAUAGUACUGAUCCAUCGUCGAAUGUUAGUUUACAUGAAAGGUCUUAUAUUCAAUAUCGAAAAUCCAAUUGUUAUAUAGAAUUGGCUAAUCUGAAAGCUAGGCAACAAGAUCAUUAUUUUGAAGCUCUGAGGAACAAAGAGUGGGCGGAACAAGCAACCUGGCGUCCACAAUUGCCUCCUCCCGGUUGGAGACUAAGGGGCGUUUUGGUAGCUCACUUACAUGAACACAAGGGUGCAGUGAACAAACUCUGCGUACUACCCGAUACACCGUACUUUGCAAGCUCUUCUUCGGAUGGUUCAGUUAGGUUAUGGGACUGCGCAAAAAUGGAGGGAAAAAACAUCGCCAAUAGAUCCAAACAGCACUACAAACUAGGAUCCAAUAUUAAUGGCAUGGCAGUAUGUGAGAGUGGUCAGUCUUUAGGAGUAAUAUGUCAAGACGGAUCUAUUAACAUUUUAAGAGUAGACUCAGCUGGUAACAAAAUGACACCAGUUCAGUCGCGACAAUUAAAUGCAGAUGAUGACGGGUAUGCAGUAGACGUUCAGUGUUUGGAUUCCGGAUCUCAGAGUGUAUUAGUGUAUGCUACAUUGUACGGCUCGUUAAUAGGAUGGGAUUUGAGAGCGCCCGGUAAUGCUUUCAAGUUGGAUAAUGGACUGAAAAGCGGCGUGAUCACUACGUUCUGUUUGGACUAUCAUCAAAGUUGGUUGAUGCUUGGAACUAGCAAUGGCACACAUGCAGCAUGGGAUUUGAGGUUCCAGUUGCCGAUCAUGACAUUCGAUCAUCCUUCAGGUUCUGUUAGGAUUAAAAAAGUACUGUCACAUCCGACGGAACAUUCAUGGGUUAUGUCUAGUAUACAGGGUAAUAAUGAAAUUUCCAUGUGGAAUAUUGAAACUAGUUUUAGACAGAAAGUAUUGUGGGGAAGCACAUCUCCACCUUUAUCAAAACAAGGUACCGUUAACAGCGUUUGCGCAAUGCUAGGCGGUUGUAUAGACAGAUCACCUUUCCUGUUAGCUGGUGGUACCGAUCAAAGACUGAGGUUUUGGAAUUUAGAGAGCCCAUCUGAAUCAUAUUUGGCCAUACCUGGUGCAAGUGAUCCAGCAGGUACAGCCUUAAGCUAUAGAAGCAGACUCAUUGAUGGUACGCUUGUGAUAUAUGAAGAAGCAGGUACCAUAAGAAAGUUAGACAGGGGCGAAGAAAUUCCAAGACCUGGACCAGAACCUCCGGCGACAGGCCACAGAGAUUGUAUUUCUGAUAUUGCUAUGUGUAAAGCAUCACAAUGUUUCCUUGUCACUUCGUCCAAGGACGGGGUGAUCAAAGUAUGGAAAUAAAAGUUAUUUUAAACAAUAUUUUAGGAAAUAUUUUCAUCUAGGUCCCAGAAUUCACUUUCGUUACUCAGUCUUUCAACGAAUAAAUGUUUUGGGUUUUAGUCAGUAUGGAUAUAUUUUUAAGAUGAUACGUGCAGCAUGUGAUAAAUUGAUAGAAUUAGUUUAAAGUUUCCUAUAUACAUAACAUAUAUUGUUUAUUUGUUUUCUUUAAUAAAGUACC